GUUCUGAAUACACAUACACGUAUCAUCGUCUGAGCUGCAUUGUAGUUACCAGAACGUAUCUCCGACACUUAUGAUAGUUCGAAUUCUACAUUAAUGAAGAAUGGCAGGUGAACCAUCGGUGACUUCCAAUCCCUGCGAUAAUGGAUUACAGUCAUCGACGUGGACCGACAGUCACUCUGUUCAUUACGAUAAUUCGGAAGCGGUGGAAAGUUCGAGGACGACCAACGAGAGGUGUGAUGUUGGUAUUGUGAUUAAUAAUGUCAAACGACUAGAAAUACUAUCAGAGCCGGUGGUGCAGACUUUGAAAACCAUUUCUACGUUAUAAGUUGGGAGUUUCCAACAUUGACUUUGGGCUGCUGGAUGAUCAGUGUAACAUUAUGUUUCACAACAACAAAAGUACAACUACUUUGGGCUAUUCUGGUCAUACUUUUAGUCCUAGCUGGUCUAGGGUUUAUGGUCAAGAAGGCUAAAGAAAAGAGCAAAAGAAACCACCGAAUUCUUAAAUCCCCGUCUGCAGUUAACUUACUGCUGACUACUCCACAAGAUGUGCAAUACCAGGAAGACUGGCAAUCUAAAGAAGUCAUGUCUCAGUAUAGAGAGUUCAUAUUAGAUUUGCAACCAGCAAUAGUUUAUACCUGCCAUAAGUUACAAACAGUAUACAAGAUUUUAUUCUGGAGUAAUAUUUAUCUAUCAUUAUUAUUUUACCUUGGAACCAUGCUUGCUGUACUUAAUCUGUAUCUUUUUCCCACAUUCUGGACUGCGGCUGCAGCGGUUAACAUAGUGUUCUUUGCAAAUGGACAGUUCAUCAAUAUUUUUAAAUCACUUCUUAAAAGAAUCAGUAACAGAUUCCAAACAAGGAAGUUGUCAGAGCAGUGCAAAAAAAGAGAUAUGAAUUCAAAAGUAGAGAUGCCACGGUUACAAGUGAAUGAGAUAAUGACUAUUGAUUCAAAUACUGAUAAACUAGUGUCAGAUAUGACAUCAACUGGUGCUGCAAGUGAUCCGGAAGGAGAUGGUUCUGAUGUAGAACAAGUAAAGAAACAGAAUCCAUAAAAAUGAGUGGAAAGACGAGCAUGGUUGACAAGUUUCGUGAAUUACGCCAGCGACAUAAAAAGUUAAAUAGUGGAAGUUGUACUUCUUGUUCUGUGACGUUUACAACAUUACUUAAAAGACGAAGAUACUGUCGUAACUGCGGCAAUCAUUUCUGUUCCAAAUGUUGUAAUCGAAAAGUACCAAGGUCUACAUUAGGAGCAACAGCGCCGGCUGCUCAUACUGAGAAAGAGUUGGUUUGUAAUAGCUGUUACCAAGUACUUGUUGGUGAAGAAGCCAGUGCUCUGAGGUGACUGCAAUCUUUUCCCUACACAGUAUACAUUUCUUCAAACUACAUAAUUG